AUGUAUCGGAACGUGGCGAUAAUAGUGUUCGUGUUGAUGGUGGAGCCGAGACGCGUUGCCGCUCCGCCGCCGCUGCGGCUCACUAUCGACUGCGGAACUGAGGAUGAUGCCUUUUUUCAGGAUUCACCAUCUGGAAGGUCAAGCUUCCAUCGGUCUCCCUCCAUAUUCGGAAACGACUUCGACGUCAACUCGUUCUGCCAACUCAUCCACAACUCCAUACCGAAGGCGGUCAAAGACGGGAAAUUCAUGAUCAAAGAAGAAUCAGACAUGGACCAGAGCGGGUUCGCUGACACGUUGAUGCCGAUAGCCAUCGCUCCACCGCAGGGGUUCCCGAUACCGCGGCUGAACCUGCCUCGGUUGAGGCUGCCGCGGCUUCGUGUGCCCAGGAUCAAUGUGCCAAGGCUCCUGCCUCAGGUAGAAGGGCCGAUGGCGCCGCCGCGCCUCGUGAGCACCAUGUCGAUCCCGCGGCUCCGCGAGGUGGAGGAAGAGACCAGCGCCGAGAAGAUGGAGAAGUUCAAGAAGGGCGUGCAGAAGAUGCUCCACGUCGUGAAGGUGCUGGGCCAGGUGGACCAGUACCUCUCCGAGAGGACCAGGAUCGUCGUCGACAAACUGUCCAAGACCUUCGCCGAAUGACAAACUGACUGAGAUAAUUUAUUAAAUGUAUUUAUGAAAU